CUUGCCAUAAGCGAGUGGCCGGCUGAGCGCGGCGCUGAGCGGCUCGGGAGCGGCAAGAGUCAGGCAGCAGGCUCUCAGCCCCGCCGUCCUCCGCGGAAGCCGGCGGGGAGCCGAGCGGUGCCGACCGUCGGUGCCUCGCCGCCGGGAAGCUUCACCCGCAGCUGAGGAGGGACCGCAGCGGUCAGCGCGCACCGUCGGCAUGGCGCGUACCAUGAGACCCGACGACAUCAACCCUCGGACGGGGCUGGUGGUGGCUCUGGUCAGCGUCUUCCUGGUGUUUGGCUUCAUGUUCACCGUGUCCGGCAUCAAGGGGGAGACUUUGGGAGACAUCCCACUGCUGGCCAUCGGGCCGGCCAUCUGCCUGCCAGGCAUUGCCGCCAUCGCCCUCACCAGAAAGACUGAUGGCUGCACCAAGUGGCCCAAGAACAAGCGUCCAUGCUGUAAGGAGAGCAGGGACCGGGACGUGAUGGAGCUGCUGAGAACUCCUUCAGAUCUGGAAUCUGGCAAGGGAAGCUGUGACGAAUUGGCCAAGAAGGUGUACCAGAAGGACCGGAGAGUGUUGCGGGGUGAGGACUCGGUGUCCAUCUGCACCACCACCACCUCAGCCACCACAGGAGAGUGCAAGGUCCUCAUCAGAAAGGUGGACCAGGAGAAGAUGCUGAGGUACCUGGAUACCUGCUACCCGGAGAUGCCGGGGAAUGUGUUUGUGGGAGAUGGCUCCACGUACAGUGCCUUAGAGAAGAGCUCUUCUCCCAGCAGGGACAACGCUGCUUGCCCAGACGUCGAAGACAACAUUUUUGUUGUUCCCAAAGACAGUAUCAUUGUCUGCUCCUACAAGGAGAACAGCCCUUAUGACAAAUACUGUUGUUACAUAAACCCUACUGGAGUCGCCUCGGACCAGGAGACCAUAGUGUGAACAGUGCAUACUUUAUGUAUAUGUAUGUAUUUAUACAAAAACUACAACAACUUCUUGAUAGGGGAUAAUAUAGCUGACUGCACUGCAUGGGACAAUCCUGAUACUAUUACAAUUUAACCUGCUAUGUGACUGAUACUCAAACCUUUUGUGCCUGAAAUACUUUCUGUAAGUAAAUGAGCAUGUUUAAAG